CACGUGCAUUGUAAAUAAAUAAAUAAAUAAAUAAUAAUUAAUUUAUAAAGCAGAAAAAAAAAAUAAAAAGCAUGGCGAGAAGACCCGAACAUUCUGCUCCACCAGAAAUUUUCUACAACGAUGAUGAAGCCAAGAAAUACUCCAGCAACUCACGAAUUAUUGAAAUUCAAGUGGAAAUGGCUGAGCGUGCACUGGAGUUAUUGAAUCUAGAUGAGGAUGAAAAUUAUCUAAUUUUAGAUAUUGGCUGUGGUUCUGGUCUCUCGGGUAGUGUGCUUGAGGAUAACGAUCAUAUGUGGAUUGGCAUAGAUAUCUCCAAGUCGAUGUUAGACAUUGCCGUAGACCGGGAGGUGGAAGGUGAUUUGGUAUUGGGCGACAUGGGUCAGGGUAUGCCUUUUAAACCGGGUACAUUCGAUGGUGCCAUAUCCAUAUCUGCCCUCCAAUGGCUGUGCAAUGCAGACAAGACAUCACACAAUCCGCACAAGCGUCUGUACAAAUUCUUUUCGACAUUAUUUUCGAGUUUGACACGUACUGCCCGUGCAGUAUUUCAGUUCUAUCCCGAAAAUGCGGAUCAAAUCGAAAUGGUAACCACCCAAGCAAUGAAGGCUGGUUUCUACGGUGGCAUUGUGGUCGAUUACCCCAACUCAACAAAGGCCAAAAAAUAUUUCCUAGUUCUUAUGACUGGCGGCGCUGCACCAAUGCCCAAAGCAUUGGGCAGUGAGGAGGAUGAGAAACGUAUUAGUUAUAUUAAGAAACGUGAAAUGACCAAAGAUUGCAGAGGAAAGCCGCUAAAGAAAUCUCGUGAUUGGAUUCUGGCCAAGAAGGAACGCAGGCGGCGUCAAGGCAAAGAUACAAGGCCGGAUACAAAAUAUACAGGUCGUAAGCGCAGUGCGCGUUUUUAGUUACCUGACAAUGGCAAUGUGAAAAUAUAUUUUAUUAAUGAAUAUUUUUAAUAGUCGUAUACAGAAAUAAUAAGAUUUGGAAUAAAUUUACAUAAUGUUAUAUAAUAAUAUAAUGUUAUAAUAAGUAAUGAAGAGUAUUUUUGUGAUUUUCUAUUAAAUUGUAUGAAAUGAAGAAAUUAAUAAUAAA